AUGAAGCUCCACUUGUCCACGAACGACGGCGUUAUCCGCGUGCACAACCUUUUGGAAGGCGACGCGAUCUCGCUCUCGGCCAAGCAGAUUGAGUGCAAGAAGAUCAUGGCCAAGUUUGCCGACGUCAAAAUCACCAAGUCGCCCGUCGCGCUCGACUCGUCGUUUGGCGCCAUGUACGUGGCGCAGGCCGUCGUUGGCAGCGUAGCAACGGGUGCAUUGCGUGUUGGAAACAUCCAUGGCGCCCUCGACAUCAAGAGCCAAGACGCGACGCUUAUCCAAGUGGGAAGCGUGAACGGGUCGCUGGCGAUCGAAGACGUUGGCGACAACUGCGAUAUUGAUGUGCACUACGACAGCCUCCACCAAGUCGCCGAAGGCGAGCACGCCAGCAACCUCUCGUGCGGCGGCCAGAUCCAGCUUUCGGUUGAGCCCAGUGUCGUGGCGCAGCUCGAGCUGCACGCAGAAGAAAUCGCGACCGACGGCUGCGCAUUUACCGAGUUUGAGCUCGACCAACUCGAAGACGACUAUGCAAUUGCCACCGGAACGCUGGCGGCGCAGGCGGCGCCAGCGUCAACGUCGGCUUCGUCCGGCAAGAUCAACCUCUCGGGUGCAAAAGACUCGGCCAUGACAACGUCCUUCUUCUCGACGUCGUCCGAUGCUGACGACAACGAAGACGCGGGUGAAAGCCGUAGCCACGAGAUCCCGACCAUCUUUGCGCACGCGUGCAGCGGCAAGAUUUCGGUGACGCAACUCAACUGGAUGGAGAAGAUCCGCCGAAAGCACCAAACGCGGUCGGCCUAA